ACAAGACCAGUUUUGUUACAUAUUAUAUAGUUUUAUUUUUUUGUACAUAUCUUUAUAUAAUAUAAGACAUUUUUACAUUUACAUAUAUAUACAUAUGCUGCUAGAUAAAUUGGUCAUUUUUCUAUUUAAGGUGUUUCAUUUCUAUUGAAGUCUUAAUGUUCCACUUAUGUAUAUUUUGACUGAAACUUAAGUAUAUGUGCUGCAUAAUUAAGCUCUACAUCAAGUGAAUAUAUAUAUAUUUAUAUAUUUCAUUUUAUUAGGUUUAAAUAAAAUUGUUAUUGUUAGAAACAAGAGAAGGAGAAAAUGUCAAGGUACACACCAACGAAAUAUACGCCAAGUAAGAGUAAUAAUGCAGCUGUUAAUUAUUACUACCACUUUCGAAAAGAUUUCCUUGCACCCUACGGAUUGGCCCAUAGUGAAAAAACCUUUUCAGAUGCAGACUUUGCUCAAAAGCUAAACGAUAUAAAUUGCGAGUUCUAUUGCAGACCUCAGGUAGCUAUAUCAGAAAUGGCCUCCAGCAUAGUGGAAAACCUAGAGUAUGUGAUUAAAAACACUCAAUGCAUGGAAGAAAAAAACAUGUCUAGAUUUAUCACAAAAAUACAAAAAAUAUUCCCAAGUUUGAAUGUCAUAAACUCAAAGGCUAACGUAGAUGGCGACAUAAAGAAGGCGCUAGAAGAUGUGAAAAAAUGUUUAACUUCAGAAAGCCUAUUUCUUGAUACUUUCAUUGAAGAGGGACUAAGAUUUGCAUCAUCAUUGUAUUUAUCAUUAAUAUGGCUACGCGCAGGAAAAUUUGUAAUGAAAAACCCAGAAAUUGUUUUGCAGAAACUUCAUCCAGCAGCUACAGGCUUUACACAAUUCAAGCGAGAUGUGUCAGCGGAUGCUUACAUGCAGGACAUUGCAACAGCCUUAGGGGCAUUGAAUUUAACAUCAACCACUAAGGAAUCCGUUAAACGAAAGUUGCUAAUAGAUAUUCCGUCCAGUGACGAGGAAGAGAUGUAUAUGCCUCCCAAAAAAAAGGUUAAUAACGAUAGCGACAACUAUGAUGAUGAGACACCUGACCCUAGUAAAAGAAAAUUUAAACACGACAGUGAUAGUGAAGAUGUAAAUAAUGAACAUCAUGUUAAGAAGAACAAAAAGUCGAAAAAAUCGAAGAAGCAGAAAAAGUUCUUAACUGACUCUGAAUAGGCUCUCUG